AUGAGUCACUACAAGCUAUGCUUUAAGCAUCGCAGUGGAGCAGGAAAGCGGGUGCGUAAGCUGGCUGCAGGUAUGCGUGAGGACAAGAAGAUUCAUUCUGUACGCGGCAGUCGCAGGAGCGUGACCGUUCUCACAACGUCAUGGUCCGAUGGCACGCCAGGGCCAAUUGCCUUCUGUGUGGCUGAGGGUCACAUAAGCGGCCAAGACAUUGUGGACUACAAUCUCAAGAACUAUGGCCGGAGUAUGGUGGUGACCUCCGGAGGAUCCAGUCAUUUCAUGACAGGGGAGACAAUGAUGAUCAUGAUGGAGCAAUUGAUAUCGCCGGCUCUGAAAUUGCAACGUGAACGGCAUGGCCUGAGCGAUCAGGAUCGCGCAGCACUGCUGUGUGAUGCUUGGACUGGCAGCUUCUCAAAACAUGGCGGACUUGACUUUCGAAGGAGCACUUGGUUCACAUCGCAUAACUGCGAACCGCCACGCCUCCAACCUGGUGGCUGGUCCACCCAUGGCCAGCCUGUUGACUCCAUGCACCAGAGCUUUCGACAGGAGAUUCGCAAGGUGGAUCUGGCAUCAACAGGGCAUGUAUGCGAUUUGCGCAACAGGGCACGCUUUGAAGACCUGGACAUAAAGGCAUCGGGCCAGAUUGCAGCUUCAGUCCAGAACAUGCGCCGUGUGCUGGAACUCUCCCUUCAAGCUUGGAACUCGAUUCCUAUCCGAGUUUUUCAAGCAAGCUGGAUAGUGACGGGGUACUUUGAGUCCAGUCACUUUCCACCAAUCGAUCAGACUCCUUCUGACAUUGGUGCCGCUCAGAAGGUGCUGGAUCCGGCUGGAGUGAGUGGAGGGUCUUUGCCAGGAACUCCUCAGUUUUGUCACAAAUAUGAGUGGCAAGUGCAGGACUACACGCCAGAUGAGUGGCAUGGGCUGCCAUACGAGAUCGCUCAUGCUAUUGUGCGAUGUGUCACAAUGCAUGGAAAGGCAUUCUUGGACGCCAAGAGAGAACUUCAUGCCCAAAAGCAAGUCGACCUCUCCGGAAAGAAGCCCAAAACCUUGAAGUUGAAAUCGGCGUUUGAGGCGCUUCAUGAAUCAAACAAAGCGCUACUCCGUGAUGAACCGAAGAACUGGCUGGGUGGCGACUUCCGAGUGGUUAAACACCCAUGUGAAGGUUGCAGAGGAUGGGAAACCACACCCCAAGAAGGAGAAAGGCAAACUGUGGAUCCUAACCAUCCACAUCAAGAUUGUCGGCCCCAACAUUGA